GCCACACUCCUCUAGGGCUCUUUACCUAGUUCCCCAUUCCCUUUUCCCCUUACCUCUUUCGCAGCCGACGCAGAAAUGACGACGCGAUUCAAGAAGAACAGGAAGAAGCGGGGCCACGUCAGCGCCGGACACGGGCGUGUCGGUAAGCACAGGAAGCAUCCAGGUGGUCGUGGUAACGCCGGAGGUAUGCACCAUCACCGUAUCCUUUUCGACAAGUACCAUCCUGGUUACUUCGGAAAGGUCGGUAUGCGUUACUUCCACAAGCUUCGCAACAAGUUCCAUUGUCCAACAAUCAACAUCGACAAUCUCUGGUCACUUGUUCCUCAAGAGGUGAAGGACAAGGCUAAGAGCAGCAACGCCACUGCUCCUUUCAUUGAUGUUACCCAGUACGGUUACUUCAAGGUUUUGGGUAAAGGUGUUUUGCCCCAAAACCAAGCUGUGGUCGUCAAGGCUAAGCUCAUUUCAAAGAAUGCUGAGAAGAAGAUUAAGGAGGCUGGUGGUGCUGUUGUGCUCACUGCUUAGGUUUGCUUAUUCUUAUUAGUUUUUUAUGUUAUUCAUAUGGCCGGAUCUCGACUAGUUUGGGAUUAAGGCGUAGUAGUUACUUUCAGUUUUGGUUUUUAUUAUUAAUGGAUGUUUAAACUUUAUAUUACUGGGUUUUUGUCUUGAAAUACAUUCGGAUAUUGCUAUGCUUU